AUGGACGCCAUGGAGAGGCAGAAGGUGGCCCUCGCCUUCUCCACUACGGCAGGAUUGGCCCAACUCAGCGCCUGGUUAAAGGCACUGACCGACAACCCUAACUCCCUCCACCCAGACUCAGCAUACGGCGUCUACGAGGCCCUUUCUACCUUCGCUUCCGGAUUCGCCUCGGCCUUCAACCUUUGCCCUCCUUUUUGGAUGGAACGAUUCCUGGCCCUCUGGCUGGCCAUGGAUCCGUCCGCCUACUCUCAGGACAACCAGACUACCCAGGACGAAGCCAUCUGCUUCAAAAUGGACAGCACAGCAUCCGUUUUUCUGCCUCAACAGGGUCCAUUCACCAUCCAUCCGUCAAAGGACCGCCUACUACAGAAGACCUUCUUUCUCGUAGCGCUGGCUAUGGGUUUCAGGUCCUCCCAGCUCAAGGCACUCACGAGGUUCGACCACUGGACCUCCUUCGCCCAAGAAGAUUCUGCAGUGUCCCUGGCACCUUCUCCCACCUACCUGGCAUGGAAGCUGGAGGCCCCGUCCUUCAUCCCUGACCCUCAACCUGGCCCUCGGCCCCGAUCUUCUGCCCCGACCCUUAUUCCCGAGCCUCAACCUGGCCCUCGGCCCCGAUCCUCUGCCCCGACCCUUAUUCCCGAGCCUCAUCCCUGGCCCUCAGCCCCGGCCCUUAGCCCCAGCCCUCAGCCCCGGCCCUUAGCCCAGGCCUUCACCCCUGGCUCUCAGCCCCGGCCCUCAUUCGUGGCCCAUAGCCUGGCCCUUAGCCCGGCCCUCAUCCCGGCCCUUAGCCUGGCUUUCAUCCCUGGCCCUCAGUCCAUCGGGGAACACCCGGAUAUUCACCCUGGGGAACAAUAA